AUGGCGAAGCGUGGAAGUGGAGGCAAGACUUGUGCGGCCGGUGCUCCGGGUCAAAUAAGUUGUACGAACAACUCUUAUAGUUCUGGCAUUUCGAUGCACAUAUUCCCCAAAAAUGAAAAAGUUAGGGCUCAAUGGGUUAAGUUUGUGCGGACUCACAGGCCGGAUUGGGAGCCCACCGAAUACAGUUAUCUGUGCUCAUUGCACUUUAACGAGAGUUGUUUCACCCGCCUGAGGUUAAGCACCCUAAUGCCUGCCGAAACAAGCGAGGAAAACGGCGAGAGCUCCGGACCAAGCAACAAGCGGUUUCAGGAAAAACGUGUGUUAAGCAAAGGAUCGGUGCCGACAAUUCACUGCGCCAAUAAAAGCGCCAGAGAGGAAAGAACCAAGCGACCGCGAUCGAAGGAGAUCGAACGCGGUAAGUGUCCAAUCCAGUUAUUGUGUUUUCAAUUUUCACAACAAGCCUGUUAUGUUUGUCUUUGGUAGUUUCAGUGGUAGUUUUUGAGAAAAACAAAGAUCAAAAAAUAACGAAAUAUUUGAUCAACUGAAGUGUAUUUUUAUCGAAAUCAUCGGGAAAUCCUCAACAACUCGGCCGGACUGAGGUGCUAAAAAUUACGAGUAAGACGAAACAAAAGGCCUUUCAGUGAUCACUCGACGUUCUUUGCAAUGCCUAGCAUUUGGAAGUGCUUUUACAAAGAGUAAUAUCUCCACUAAACUUGCUCCUUAAUUAUAAACAAUUGCAGCAUUUGCGGAAAUCGAAAGGGAAACCGAGCGUAAAGUGGAGCGCCAGGGGCAGCAAGUACAGUGCAAUCAUGCGAGGACCGUGAAGACGAGGAGGGAGAAUUCAGCUACGAUGGUGACUUGUCGGACUUGUCCGACCAAGACGACGUGCUUUCUUUUAGUCUUGACACCGAGGGGAGUGGCCUGCAAUAGAGCUACCCAGGCAAAGCCUAAAAUGAGAUCCAGACAGUCACAGACUACACUUGGAGAGUGCCGAAAGUGCGCUGAGCGGAAAAUGCAAGUAAGAGUCCUGCAGAAGCGAAACGGGAAAUUACGCUCUCAGAAGAAAAAAUGGAAAGAACAAGCCACACUAAUAAAUGUAAGUGCUAUUUUUUAUUUCUUAUUCCUGGUACGUAAGAUAGAAAGUAAUUCUCAAAUACCCCUCCCCAACCACCAAGUCAUCCUCUCGUGCAAAACUGCAGUACCAUGUGGAGGGUUUCUAUCUUUUAUUCAAAAGGUUUUUUUUAGUGACAGUUUUCUUUAUCACAAUUAUGUGAUAGUAUGACUCAAGCAGCAGUAAAGAAGAAUUAGAAGAGGAAGGAGAGGAAGAAGAGGACAUGGAGGAGGUAGAGACAGAAGUGGAAAAUAUUGAAUGUUUGGAAGACCCUGGACUGGAGGAUACAGAGAAUUUAACAGAUGAAAAGGAAGACGAUCCAGACUGGCAUUGUCAGAUGGAGGAUAAGGGAGAUGAUGAUAUUGACGCCGACGAUGAAGAGACGGAAAGUACACCGAUGAACAAUAUCAGGCAAGAUGUUAUGAUUUUUAUUGGUCAUUUGGUACUCAUCCUUCCUUUUUCGUGCUCAAGAAGCUAUAGCUUGUUUCAUAAUUCCAUAUCCCUUGCUCUUACAUUUAACAAUUAUUAUUACUGCCUAAUUUAUUGCAGUAUUUGUAUUUUUAUAACAUCCAAAGUAAAUUCUGCAAAAUACUGGUCAAUAAUUUCAGGGCUGUUGCUAAGGAAAAGUAACCCUCCUGUAGGUCAACUCACAUGAUACUUUUUUGGGUGGAAAUGUACAGAGAGGACUGCCGAGAGCCUAAAGUUGGCCUAAUUAGUUAAUCACUCCUUUUUUGUUUAAAUGGCUCAAUUUGCAAACUGUUUCAAAUUAUUUGAAAUUACAAAUGCCAAGUGCUAAUCCCUAUAACCAGUAAAUUCUUCAGUCUCCUUUGCAGCUGGCAUGUGUUUUUUGCUAAACUCUCCUGAGCAUUGCAUGAUUAAAUUUUGGCAGCUGUAAAAUAUUGUAGACUAGAAAAUUAAUUAACACGGCCUAUAUUUGGAUUAUAUUUUGUAGUGUUGACGAAGACAUCCCUUGCCAGAAGGAACCCAAAUUUAUUGUGUUCUAUACAAGGCUACUGGCUAUAUUCUCGAUUUUUUGUUUUAAAUGCAAGAGUGAAGGGCCAGACGUCACCAUGAAAAAGAAUGGCACCAUGGUAACAGUGAUGCAGAAUUGCAGAAAUUGUGGUCCUAACUCAUUUCUGUGGAGGUCACAGCCAAUGGUGCUUGGGCGAUACCCAGCAGGGAAUAUCCUGCUAAGCUUUGGAAUUCUAAUGGCAGGGGCAACUGUUAGUAAAGUGCUCCUGGUUCUAAAACACAUGGGCAUUUCUGUAUACAAUGCACGUACUUACUUUGUCCACCAGAGCAAGUUUUUAUUCCCAGCCAUUCUGACCUACUGGGAACGAUACAGGUCCAAACUGGUGAAUCAGAUUAAAGAAAAGGGAGAGGCAAUUUGGUGCGGAGAUGGCAGAUUUGACUCCAUGGGACACUCUGCAAAAUAUGGAGCGUACACAAUGUUCUGUUGUGCAGUUGCUAAGAUUGUACAUUUUGAGCUGGUUCAGGUAUAUUUUCAUUUAUAUCUACAAAUAUAGAUAAGAAAAACAACCAACCUGUCUUCCUGGCCCCUAUAGAAAUAAAAAUCUGGUAUUUCUUGACACCUAGAUCCAUGUGUGACGGACCACAUAAGACUCGUUAAUAGCCUGAUAUAAUUAUUGAUUAAAACUUUUGCUGAAUGGGAAAAUCUGCCACUACUACACAAAAAUUGUAGGAAAUAUUAUCUUUGAGUGAUAAAUGUAUAUUUUUUUAAUGUUAGGCAAACCAAGUAAAGAGCAGCAGUGACAUGGAGUUAAAGGGUGCCCAAGACAGUUUUGCCUUCCUAAAAGCAGCAGGGUUAAAAAUUCAUGUGUUCAUAUCAGACAGGCACCGUUCAAUUGCCAAAUGGAUUAGGGAGCAUGAGCCAGCAACCAGACACUUUUUUGAUAUCUGGCAUGUUGCCAAAUCAGUAACAAAGAAGUUACUUCAAGUUGGAAAAGAAAGUGGCUGUGAACUCCUUGUGAAGUGGCAAAAGGCCAUAAAGAAUCAUUUGCAUUGGUGUGCUACUUCCACCAAGCUUGGAUUUGGUGAGCUGAUUUUAGCAAAGUGGAAGUCCAUUAUUAGGCAUGUUUGUAAUAAACAUACUCAACACCCUGAGCCUCUGUUUAAACAGUGUGUCCAUGGACCUCUAUCAAGACGAUAUUGGCUAAAAAAAGGUGAGUUUUUGUGGGAACACAUUUUCAAGCAGUUCCAACCACCAGUUAAUUUAACUCUUUAAAGCUGGUAAUAUGUAUCACCUGUUUCAGUUCAGUUUAUUUCAACAAGGUGGUUUAUAAAUGUGUUUUAAAGGUGUUUUAGUUUGAAAAUGCUCCCUACCCCUCUUAGAGUCCAAGUCUAGGUCUUGAAUUGCUUUUUUAAUACUUGGCUUUAGAGGAUUCUUUUUAUGUUUAGAAUUUUUGAUGACCUGUUUGUAAAGGGUGUAAAAAAUUUCCUGAAACAACAAUUAAUAAUACAUGUCAGAAGCAACCUUUUUGUCUUAAAAAAAGAGAAACUAAUGUAUUGGUUAAUGUAUUUCAGGCACAAAUGUCUAUAACAAGAUGAAACAAAUUUUGAUGAAUACAAGGCUCCUUAAUGAUAUAAAAAAGUUGUCUAGUGAGGACCAAACAAGUUGCUUGGAGGGUUUUCACUCUACGCUGAAUCAGUUCCAUCCUAAGAUGAUAUGUUUCUCAUGGCUUGGCACAUACUGCAGGUAGGGUGUGUAAAUUGUUAUAUUGGACGUCAGAGGUGGAUGUCAUCUACCAACACUAGAGAAUUUUUACAAGAGGAAUCUUUUCUAACCAUACCCCCUUAAUAAUUGCUCCAAACAUUUCGUCCAAAACAAAAACUAAAUCAUUAGCUUAGGUGAAAGUGGCUGACAAGUCAGUUAAAUCAAACCUUUAUUGUUGUGUUUUUGCUUUAGGCACAUCUUAGCCAGUCUGCAUUUCAAUGAGAAUUUGUUGAGGGAACCGCAAAAGACAAAAGACGGAAAGGAGUACCUUUUAGUGACAUACCCUAAAUACAAGUUUGGAGAAGAAGUUGUGCGAGAAAUCAGAGUCCCUCCUACAUACAGUAAGUAUGGUUAUUUUUUAGAACUUUCAGUGUAGCCACAGUGGUGGUUCCCAACCAUGAUUUAUGGAAGAUGAAUGGCUCUUACAGGGUCCUACCAAUAGUUCAAGGGAAAAAAAUGCAGGGGUGGGUGUCUGGCUGUUACACAGAAAAACCUAGCAGAAAAAUUAUGGGGAAAUGGUGGAGGACUGAAAACCCAGUUUACCACUUCUGUGGGCAUUAAGCACUUUCCUAACAGUCCCCUCUUUUACCAGAAUAUGUGGAUGAGGUGGGAGAACUGGUGUUCAGCAUGCGCCUGGCUGAGAGGAAUGCUAUCCUCUUGAAAUACAAAACAAAAACCCCAGCACCUUUGAACUCACAGUUCACCGAGAGACGUAGAGCAGAGGCAGUGGAAAACUACAAUAAGAGAAAACAGAAAGAAACAGCGGCAUACCCUUCAGGUGAGGUUAUGUGA